AUGGAUGUGCACAAUGUAUUGAAGUAUGAAUGGCCAAAUACCAUACGGGAAGAUUCAAACCCCAUUGAAAUGGCCGUACAAUUGUUAGAUGAUAGUUCUGUUGGUCUUGCGCAUAAGAUUCCCGAGUUUGAUAAGGUCAAGCAAGAAACAGACACUGUGUUGCGUUUGGCUGUGAAUGAUCAAAAUGAAGUGUUCAAUAAGGCAAUUGGCUCAUACCAUUUACUUGUUAGAAACUUGGAUGAGUCUCUGAAGGAAUGUGAGGAUAUCAAAGAGUUGUUGGAAACUGUCACCAAAGAUAUCCACGAUAAAUCAGACAAGUUGACAGAAUUAAACGAACAAUCUAAAAGAUAUGCUGAUAUGCUAGAAAUUUUGGACGCUAUAGAUGAAUUAAAUGGAGUACCUCAAAAGGUAGAACAUCUAAUUCAAGAACGUCGAUUGAACAACGUUUAUGAUGUUAUUUCAAAUUCAUACAAAAUUGCUGAACAAUACAAUUUAUGGACAAUCCCUGUUUUGGGAACAAUAAAGAGUUAUUUGGAAACUCAAAGUAAUAACUUAUUUGACAUGAUUAUCGAUGAAUUACAGAAUGAGUUGUUUUUAAAGAAUGAAAAUGACAAUGAUGAAUUCUCACGCAAAAACUUACUUAACUCAAAGAAUCCCAAGAUGGCUACUUUGAAAUCUUUGAUAUCAGAUUCUCAAAACUUGGAAAGUUUUAUCUAUAACUCAGCCAAUAUAGACUAUAUGGAAAUUGCUGAUCUUUUCAAUUCGGAUUUUGAUUAUUUCUUGAAUACUCAAUUACCCAAGUUACAUGAACGUUGUUUAGUUUUGGAGAAAAUUGGCGGGAGCUCAGGUACAGCUGAAGAUUUUACGUUACUUUUUGAUGCUACUAAAAAUGAUGAUUUUAGAUCUUAUCAUUAUAUGUACCACCUUUUACAAACUGCAUCGAAAUUAAGUCGGUUGCCACAAAUUGUGGAAAUUCUUGUGGGUAACAUUCAACUGGAAAUGCAUUCUGUUAUAAGAAAUUUAACAGCAGAAGUUAAAGGCUACAACUUGGUUAAUAUCACUAAGAUGAAUAAGUUUAACCUGCUAGACAGAACUCCUAAAGUAAAUGAUCCAUUUGGAAUGAAUUCAUUUCAUGACUUUGCAGUGAUUAUCUUAGAGGACUUGUUUUCUUCCUUGUUUCUUAAAUUAGGAAGAGUAUUACAAAGGCAUAAAAUACUUUCAAAAAUUCUUGAAUUAUUGGAUUUUAAUCCAAUAAAUUCUGAAUUUGCAAGAAAUGUCCGUCCCAUGACUUCAAGUGAAGGCGAUAUUCCUUCAAUAAACUCCGCUGGAUAUGUUUUUAGCCUUGCAUGGAGUAUCAUACGAAAAGAAAUACAAUCACUCCUCAACAAUUACAUUUAUGAUCUUAACUACGUUCAACCAGGAAUGAAUGAAGCACUUCCUAAUUUGAAGUCAAAGGGAAGUCUUUAUAAGAUAUUACGAACAAAGGAUGUUUUCAAAUUUGAAUCACACAAUCUCAAGAACCAAAACAAGUUACGGAGUCUAGAAGACAUGUUCUCAGGUUACACGUUGUCGGAUGACGUUCAAAGUGAUUUUACAGCAAAUAAUAAAUCACCAUACAUUAUGUCAGAGACAUACAAUGCUCAUGUUGAAAUGCUUACGCCCCUGAGUGUAUUCAAUAUGAGAAUAAUAUUGGAAUUCUUUUUGAUAUUUGUGGCUACAUCCAAAGCGAUGGUUGUUGAAAAUUCACCUAUUCAAUUCUUUAAGGAUUUUAUGGAGGUUACAUUUAUGUCUUAUUUGAAUCAGAAAAUUGAUAAUGAGUUUAAUGAGCGGGUGGCUAAUACAAGACUUACAGAGUUUAGUUUUAAGAACGAAUUGCUUUCGUUGGACUCAGGAAGAGCUACUGUUGCAGAUUAUAAUGCUAAAGCUUCAUUAAAUCCUGAAAUCAGAGUCAUUUACAAAAAUGCAAUGGACUUCAAAAAUACUUUAAGUAACAUAUGCGCCAUCUUUAACACAGCUGUCAUCUACAGAAGCAGUUACAAUGGGGCAGCAUUGGGUACAAUUCAAUCGUUUGCACAAACUUAUGUACGUCAUUUUGAGAAUUUAAUUUGUGCCCUGUCACUGCCUAUAAGUCAGAAUAAUGUUGUUUGUCUGAUUGAUAGUUUUGAUGAUGCUUCUAAUGGAGUUCCUGAAUUCGAGUUGAAAUUAUGGUUGCAUAUCCCAGCCUUAGUUGAAGUUUCCAACACAUUAUUGAAGAUUGUUCAUCAACAAGAUACUACUCCUGAUCAAUACCAAGAAUGGAUUACAAAAGAAAUUGAAAUCAUGACCACCGACCGUAACUUACGGUUGUUUGACAUUUCUAGUGAUGAUUUCUUGGAUGAUGAGACUUUCCAUCAGGUGUGCUAUUUAUAUUUGAGUUCCACAUGGGUAUUGAGUUGGUUGCCAAAUAUUAAGCGUGAGGCAUUCAAACCUUCCACAAACACCACUGAAGAUUCAUUAUCAAUAUCAGAAAUAGAAGACUUAAAGAAUGAAUGGUCAUUCCUAGAAAGUGGUAGAUUUGAGCAUUCUGGUAGAAAUCAUAUCAAUGAUUCAGCAUUUACAGGAACAGACAAGGAAAUAUCCAUAGCGAAUGGGAACGGGAAAACCAGUACUACUAAUACUCAAGUUGCUUCGUCGAUUCUUCUUGCACUUGAUCAUGCACACGGUGAACGAUUUGAUGAUUAUGUUGGUACCCUAAAGAAGGUUCAAAAUGAAGCAUUAUUGACCUUGAGAUACGAUAUUAGAUUAAGAUGUGUUUAUUAUAUUUGUCGUUCAUUCAAAUCAGUGGAUUGGUUCCCCACUGCGGAACCUGGUGAUGCUGAUCAAUUUAUUAGUAAAUUGAGCAAAGAGAUUUUCCAUUUGGAUAACAAAUUGAGUGAAUUGGGGAUUCUUAAUAAGGAAAUUGAUCUUUAUCUUGGAUUAUCGGAGAUAUUGGACGUUUUAAUGAUUAAAGGGUCUCGGUUAAUUAAAAAAAUCAAUCUGUUUGGUAUUAAGAGGGUGCUUUUGAAUAUUAUUUCGUUACAACAAUUACUUCGGAACAGUGUUUUAAACCCUGAAGCUGUUGAUUUCAGUCGAUCAUCCAGAUACUAUGAAAUGUUUCCUAUUAAUGAGCAUGAUCUUAUGCAACAAAUGAAGACCAAUGAGUACGGCUACGACAAGGAAGAGUACAAGAAUUUAGCACGGAUGAUUUACUCGAGCAAAUUGGCUGAUGGAGAUGGGCCAGCCUUCACAAAAACAAAGUACAAUGAUUUGUUAAAAUAUAUUGAUGAUAACGUUAGUUGA